AUGCAUCAUCAACAGCUGUUCUUGUCCAUAUUUUCUUUGGUUUUGUUGGCAACUCCACUUGCAGCCAAAUGGGAACUGGAGAAAAAUGUUUAUGUUGUAGAGUCAGAUUGGCAUCCUGAUGCCGCAGCUGAAGAGGUGGAGCUCACGUGUGAUUCAUCUGAAGAGGAUGUCACCUGGACAUUAGGCCAAAACAGCAAGCUCUUGGGAACCGGCAAGACAUUGACUGUUCAAGUCAAAGAAUUUGUGGAAGCUGGAAACUACUCCUGUUGGCAUGGAGAGGAGGUGGUGGGCCACUCAUUUCUGCUGAUCCACAAGAAAGAAGAAGGAAUUGGAUCCACCGAUAUUUUAAAGGACUGGAAAGAACCCAAAAUCAAGACAUUUUUAAAAUGUGAAGCCAAGAGUUAUUCUGGUGCUUUCACAUGCUCGUGGCUGACAGAUGUCAGGAGUAUGGAUUUGAAAUUCACCAUCAAGGGCAGUAAGGACUCCUCCGUCUCCCAAGGAGUAACAUGUGGACAGCCUUUGCUUAGUGAAGAAAAAGUCCUAGUAGGAGUCAAGGAAUACAACGAAUACACAGCCGAGUGCCAAGUGAGCUUCUGCAUGUAUGCUGAAGAAAGCCAGCCGAUUAAAGUUGUCCUUGAUGCUAUUGAGAAAAAUAAAUACGAAAACUACACCAGCAAGUUUUUCAUCAGGGAUAUUAUCAAACCAGAUCCACCUACCAACUUGCAGCUAAAACCCUCCACCAACAGUCAUAAGCCUGUGGAAGUGACCUGGGAAUACCCCCAGAGCUGGAGCACCCCGCAUUCCUAUUUCUCUCUAACUUUCCAAGUUCAGAUUCAUACUCCUGGCAAAAAAGAAAAGAUCCUGAUGGCGGACGGGACCUCAGUUAAUGUCAAAUGCCACAAAGAAACCAAGAUUCGAGUCCAGGCCAGAGAUUGCUAUUAUCAUUCGUCUUGGAGCAAGUGGGCAUCGGUGUCCUGCAAUGACGUGAGUGGGGCUGUAGGAGCCAUAUGUAAUGGCCCAGAGAUCAAGGGGUCAGUGGAUGCUUUUUCAACUCACUUUACCCUGCAGAAGUGUCCCGGGUAUUGCCAAGGGAUAACUUUGAAGUGUAGGGUUGAGAUGGGCAUCUCUGAGGGAGCAGCCUACCUAGCUACAGCUCUGCUGACGUGA